AUGGCUGUUUCCCGGAAAUCCUCUUUCCCACUAGCAUCAAGCACUUUCAGCAAUCUUCUUACCAUCGCGGCUGCGUUAUCAGCGUCGAUGCUGACUCGUCGCAAGUCGUCGCAGCCGUCCGACGGCAAGACGGACGGAGGGCCGCGGAAGCGACGUGGCGAGUCCGUCGUCGCACUCACCGAAAUCAUCAACCUGGAGCCAAGUGCCAUCAACAAAAAGCCUUCCGAGAUUUUGCAAAAUGACGUCCUCAAAGAGCUGGUUCGUCUGGCCUGUCUGCUGUCGAUGAUUUCUGUGUGCCUGCACACUCCUGAGACUAUCGCACUUUGGCCACCUCUUAACUAUGCAAUAUUCGCUAAUGAUUGCAUCGUCACUUUGGUAUUCCUCGUCGAAGCUGCUAUUCAUAUCCACCAUGUUGGCCUCUGGGAGAACGAAACAUCGUACUUGCGAGCGAAAUGGUCCCAGUUCGAUCUGUUCAUGCUGUUGAUGCACGUUCUGUCGUGCGCCUUGCACAGCUAUGAACUCUUCACCAUUCUGGUACCUUCUCUGGGUCUGGUGUACCGUCCAUGGUUUGGGGUGAUUCGAUCGCCACGUCCGUUUAUCAUGUUACGAUUCAUACGCUCGUUAGUCCGAUUCAAAUUGCCAAGGAAUCGAAUCAAACAAAUUAUUAAGCGAUCAUCGCAGCAAAUCCAAAAUGUCACGAUUUUCUUUAUGUUCUUCAUGGCCCUGUACGCUAUCAUGGGUGUCCAACUGUUUGGUCGCAUGGACUACCAUUGUGUACUGAGUGGCACCGAUCCACGGAAUGUCACCAUUGCCGAUUUGGCGAUCCCGGACACGAUGUGCUCCCAGAAGGGCGAAGGUGGUUAUGAAUGCCCUGACAAUAUGGUUUGUAUGAAGCUUGAUAUGUCUGCUCAUGUUGAGGGAUUCUAUGGAAUGUUUAACGACUUCGCAUCGUCCCUAUUCACUGUCUACAUGGCAGCUUCACAGGAAGGCUGGGUGUAUGUCCUGUAUGAUUGCCUCGACACAUUGCCCUCAUAUGUUGCAUUCUUUUACUUCGUUACGCUGAUCUUCUUCUUGGCCUGGUUAGUCAAGAAUGUCUUCAUUGCGGUGAUCACUGAAACGUUUGCCGAAAUUCGAGUCCAAUUCAGUGAGAUGUGGCAAAGCAACACGAUAGAAGCGGUUAUUUUGGAUUUUCAGCGCUUGGAACGUUUCGAAGGUGGAUGGCGUCUUGUAGAAGUCGAUCACUACAGUAGGAGUACAGGCAGUCCCCGGCUUCUUCAACUUAUCGUUAACAGUACAGUAUUCCAAAUAUCCAUGAUGGGUUUGGUGUUGUUGAAUGCGCUGAUUAAUGCCUCAUUUGUCUAUCGCCAUGAUAAAUCUGAUGCCAUACGUAAAGAGAUCUACUAUUAUAUGGAGAUCUGCUUCACGGUGCUGUUCAACAUCGAAGCGCUUUUGAAGGUGAUCGGUUAUGGCUGGAAGAACUACGUCAGGCGUGGUCAACAUAAAUUCGAGCUCAUCCUUUGCGUUGGAUCGACCUUGAAUCUUAUUCGUCCACUGUACAAUAUGAAUAUCUUCACCUAUUUUCAAGUGUUCCGUAUCAUUUUCGGUCCUGGCAAGAAAUUAGGAGGUCUGGUCAUCUUCACCAUGGUGCUUCUCUUUAUCACUUCUGCCAUUUCACUUCAAUUAUUCUGUUAUGUGCCGAAUUUGAAAAAGUUCACGACAUUUCCUAUGGCGUUCAUGUCGAUGUUCCAAAUCAUUACUCAAGAAGGUUGGACAGAUGUGGUAGUCGAGAUUUUGAGAGCCACUAAUGAAUCGAUGGUUCCAUUUGUGGCUAUUUACUUUGUUGGAUAUCAUUUACUAGUAACACUGAUUGUGCUCAGUCUUUUUGUCGCUGUCAUCCUUGAUAAUUUGGAAAUGGACGAAGAAUUGAAAAAAGUGAAACAACUAAAAGCUAGGGAACAGAAUACUAUCAAAACUACUCUGCCAUGGCGACUACGUGUAUUCGAUCGGUUUCCAACCAGGCCCCAAAUGAUUUCACUAAAGAAGGUGACGUCAGAGUUUCCGCUGCCGAAGAUCCGCGACUCCUUCACCAGGCAAUUUGCGGAUGAUUCCGAACGGUGCACUUUGGAGAUUGAGCCGUCCGUGAAUCGAUCGAUACUACGAAGGGGAGCUUAUAUUCGAGCCCAACGAAAAGUCCGAAUGCGGCAUAUAGGACAGAUUUCAAGCCGUCACAUUGUCUCCUCUUUACUAGAUGAAUCAAAUCGUAAUCGAGCUCUCUACUGCGACACCAAUCAGAUCAUCCCACCUCUUGGACGUGGCAUGCUCAAAAGCAGUAAAGGAACACCCAUGGGCUCACGGUCACGUGGAUUUCAGUCGAUGAAGGGCAAGAGUCAUUUAGAAGGCAUGAACGAGAACGGUGAUGUCCGUCCGACGGAUUCAGCCCCAAAGAAAGACCCGAAACAGGGUGAGAUUGACAUCAAAGCGCUACAGCAGAAACGAGCUCAUGCAGAAAUCACACGCAAUCGUAUUGAGGAAGAAAUGCGAGAGAAUCACCCACUUUUCGAUCGGCCAUUAUUUGCUGUUGGACGAGAUUCUCGUCUUCGAAUUCUUUGCCAGAACAUCGUCUACGCCCAGUACUCACCUGAACGUAUCGAUCCAGUCACUGGGAAGCAGAUCGUCCUGAAAUACAAGCAAUUUGACUUCAUCGGACUUAUGACAUAUCUCGACUGGGCGAUGGUGUUUGUCACAUCUUUAUCGUGCUGGUCAAUGCUGUUUGAGAGCCCAUGGCCAACCACAGGAGAGAACCUCAUUUUCAACAAUCCAUACUUACAGAUCACUGAGUAUCUGUACGUGGUGUCGAUGACGUUCGAGCUAAUGGUAAAGGUCAUCGCAAACGGCUUGUUUUUCACUCCAAAAGCUGUUGUGAAAGACGUCGGCGACAUCAUGACAUUCUUCAUUUAUUUCACAAGCGUGAUAUACCUAUUGUGGAUGCCAUCCCAUGUGGAAAUCAACUCGUGGGCGCAGUUGCUGAUGAUCAUGCGGGCGAUGCGACCGCUUCGCAUCUAUACCCUUGUACCACAUAUCAGACGAGUCGUCGUCGAGCUUUGUCGCGGUUUCAAAGAAAUUCUUUUGGUCACAAUUCUGUUGAUAGUUCUGAUGUUUGUGUUCGCCAGCUUUGGGGUGCAAAUUGUUGGAGGAAAACUGGCUGCAUGUAAUGAUCCGACAAUUACUGCCAGGGAAAAUUGCACCGGAAUUUUUGAGCAAAAGAUUUUUGUCACAAGAAUGGAAGUGUAUGGCAAAAACGAUGACAAACUGCAUCCGAAAAUUCUUGUCCCAAGAGUUUGGACAAACCCUCGUAACUUCAAUUUUGAUCAUAUCGGGAAUGCUAUGUUAGCUCUUUUUGAGACGUUGUCUUACAAAGGUUGGAAUGUGAUCCGAGACAUCCUCUAUCUUCGUCAAGGACCGUGGGCCGUGCUGUUCAUCCACAUUUACGUAUUUAUUGGAUGUAUGAUCGGAUUGACACUGUUCGUGGGUGUCGUCGUCGCGAACUACACUGAAAACAGGGGCACAGCUCUUCUUACAGUAGACCAGCGACGUUGGCACGAUCUCAAAGCGAGGUUGAAGAUGGCUCAACCUCUUCAUGUGCCACCCAAACCGCCUGAGAGUGCGAAGCUACGCAGUUAUCUCUACGACCUCACUCUAAGCAAGGCAUUCAAGCAGUCGUUCGCCAUCCUCGUCGUUGUGAACUCUUUCACAUUAGUCGUCCCAUGGAAUGUAGAAGAAGAAAAGCAAAGACGGAACGUUCUAUUCGGUCUUACAGUAAUGUCAGCCUUCUGCAAUAUCCUCUUCACCAUUGAGGUAGUUACCCUCCUACGUGCUUGUUCCAGAUUUUGCGGAACCGUGGCGAUUUCUUCAUCACCAUUGCCAGCCUAUAUAGCCGGUGGUAUUAAUGAGUGGAAAAGGCUAACAUAUACUUUUGGCUAUAUGGUGGUCAUCCUUCGCUUUUUCACGAUUGCUGGGAGGAAAUCGACAUUGAAAAUGCUGAUGUUGACUGUGUUGAUGUCCAUGGUUCGCUCAUUGUUUAUCAUCGCUGCUAUGUUCCUUUUGGUACUUUUCUACGCGUACACUGGUGUCAUACUUUUUGGAAUGGUCAAAUAUGGUCAGGCGGUCAGCAAGCAUGUCAAUUUUCGCAAUGGUCGUGAGGCGCUGGUCGUUCUAUUUCGUUCGGUAACGGGAGAGGAUUGGAAUGAUAUUAUGCACGAUUGUAUGCGCUCACCACCCUUCUGUUACUGGGCCGAAGGUCUCAAUUACUGGGAAACGGACUGUGGCAACUAUUUUGGUGCUAUACUUUAUUUCUGUUCUUUCUAUUUAAUCAUUACUUACAUUGUGCUCAACGUACUUGUCGCUAUCAUUAUGGAAAAUUUCUCUUUGUUUUACUCAAGUGAAGAAGAUGCUCUACUUUCUUAUGCUGAUAUCAGGAAUUUCCAACAAGUCUGGAACUAUGUCGAUGCUGAUCAGAAGCGUUCAAUCCCUACCCGCCGAGUGAAAUUUCUUCUCCGCUUACUCCGGGGCCGACUGGAAGUCGAUCCGAAUAAGGACCGUCUACUUUUCAAGCAUAUGUGCUACGAGAUGGAACGACUACACAACGGCGAAGAUGUCUCCUUCCACGAUGUGCUUAAUAUGCUCUCGUAUCGUAGUGUAGACAUCAGGAAGAGUCUUCAAUUGGAGGAGCUGCUACAACGUGAAGAAUUGGAGUAUUUGAUUGAAGAAGAGGUGGCCAAGCAGACCAUUCGUGCAUGGCUUGAAAGCUGCCUGCGACGUAUCAAACAAAAGCAGAAUGUGGUUAGUUACCGUAGCUCCAUUUCUGUUCCAUCUACCGUACAUCUCAGAGACCGGCUUCAGGGACAAAAGGAAAACGGAAGCAAAAAGCGACAACGGCGACGAAAUUCGAUCCCAGAGCUAGUUGGCGAAGCCAAAAAGUUCAUGUUUGGUAGCUUAAAAGCUACUGAAACAAAAGCUGGCAAGGAUCGUCGUGGGACGCUCAAGCAAAUUCAAGUAAGUAUUUUUCGCAUCAUGACAUCGAUAUCAGCUCCCUUGCAUGAAUCCUGUACAGAUGCCGACAUACGAGUUGCCUGA